AGAAGGCCGCGCCCUAUGCGAGGUUUGCCUUCUCUCUUCCAAUUAGGUGUGCGCUGCGGGCGGGGGCCGCCUUUCUGUCACAUAAGGGGGCGCUUUGCUUAUAGCCAGGCUCUAGCGCAGCUUCUCCUUUUCCGAGGCCGACGAUCUGCUGUUGCUUUGAAAAUGGACCUUGAUAUCCAGUGUGAAGAGUUCAGGGGAUCAAAAUGGAAAGAACUUCUUCCUUCCCUGAACCAGUACAAAAGUAUUAGGCUAGAUGACUGCAGCCUCUUGAGUAGCCACUGUGAAGAUCUCUCCUCUGUUCUGAGUGCCAACCAGAAUCUGACUGAACUGAAGCUGAACAACAAUGAACUGGGGGACUCUGGCCUGGAGAAGCUCUGCAAAGGAUUGAUGAAUCCAAGUUGUAAGCUUCAAAAACUAUGGCUGCAGAACUGCAACUUGACUAAAGCUUGCUGUGAGAAUCUCCGUUCUGUGCUCAGUACGAAACCAUCUCUGGCUGAGCUGCACCUGGGAGACAACCGGUUAGGCACUUCAGGUGUCAAUGUACUCUGCCAAGGUCUUUUGGACCCAAACUGCCAACUACAGAAGCUUCAAUUGGAGUAUUGUGAACUCUCAGCAAGAAAUACAGAGGCUCUCAGUGCUGCACUGCGCACCAAGACAUCUCUGAAUGAACUCAACCUGAGCAACAACAAGCUGGGGGAUGCAGCUGUGAAACAGCUGUGUGAGGGUGUGCUGGAUGCUAACUGUAACCUGCAGUCACUACAGCUGGAAAACUGUAGGAUCACAGCUUCCAGCUGUGGUGAUCUUGGCACUGUUCUUAGCACAAAGCCAUCCUUGAAGGAACUCUGCAUAGGCGAGAAUAAGAUUGGUGAUGCAGGUGCCGCACAUCUGUGCAAGGGACUUUUGAAUCCAAAUUGCAAACUAGAAAAGCUUUGGUUAUGGGAGUGUGAUCUCUCGGCUGCUUGCUGUAAGGAGCUUGCCCAUGUCAUUGCUACCAAAGAGACUCUCAAGGAAAUGAGCCUGAUUGGAAAUAAUCUCAAAGAUGAAGGAAUGGAGUACCUGUGUCAAGGACUGAAGGAUCCAAAAGCUGCACUCCAGUCAUUGUGGUUAAGAGAAUGUGGCUUGACUGCAGCCUGCUGUAAGAGUGUUGGGUCUGUUCUCAGCAAAAACGGUUCCUUUAAAGAGUUACAUAUAGGUGGCAAUAAUCUUCAAGAUGAGGGAGUAGCGCAGAUCUGUGAAGGACUGAUGAACCCCAACUGCACCUUACAGUCCCUCUGGUUAGGUAACUCAGAACUCACACCUGCUUGCUGUGACAAACUGGCCACUGUCAUAGCUGCUAAGCAGUGCUUGAAAGAGCUGGAUCUGAGCAACAACCCCCUGGAGGACGAAGGUGUGCGUAAGCUCUGUGAAGCAGUUAGAAAUCCAAACUGUCAGCUGCAGCAUCUGAUUUUGUACGAUAUCUACUGGGCAUCGGAAAUAGAGGAUGAACUGAAGGCCCUGGAAGAGUCAAAGCCUGGACUUAAAGUGAUUUAUUGAGUGGCAUAAUCUGGGUGUGGCUGCUCCUACAGUUUUUUCUUCUGUCAGGAUUCUUUUUUGUAAACCACACUUGCUUACCAUAUCAUGGUGGACUUCUGAUUCCAAUUUAAUGGACUUAGCAAAUCUAGUUUACCUAUAAACAGUCUCAGAGGUGUUUUCAGCAUCUCAGCUUUGCAGUAGCUCAGAAUAGUUCUGGAUAUCUGAGUGUUUACUGGGUUUGGCUUUAUAUAAAACAGUAUUAGUGAGUUUUCUUGCUACCUAGGAAAGAGGAAAGGCAGAAUAAUGUAGAAUACAUCUUUGGGCAGGUCUUAUGAAGCACUUCUGAUUAUUUGCAGGUAACUUAAGGAACUCUCUUCACCAAGGAGAAGCUGUAUUGGAAGCUUCUAGAUAAGAUUAAUGGGGUGAGAUGGGGGUAAUACUCAUUUAGUUGCCAUAGUUUUGUGUUCCCCCUCUUACUAUCUCUGACUUCAUGUAUUCUGCUGAAAAUGCAACACGUGAACAUCAUGAGCUUUGAUCAACAGAUGUAACUCUAUAGAAAUCUGAAUAAAGUUUUAUCUUGCAAAA